UCAAUUUCCUUCUUUCCUUCUUCAUAGAGAGAGAGAGAUGAAUAAAAAAGCGAAAAAACAAAACCAGUUUGUUCGCAUAAUCACCACUCCAUACCGGGCCUUAUGCAAGGCCCGAGACUUCUACGUUAGAAACAUGCUCGACUGCGCGAAUUCAAACGCGAUCGGGCUGCAGAGCUCCGGGCAGGGCGGGCCUGCCCUGCCGCGGAGCUUCAGCACCUCGUCGUCCGCCUCCCGCGACGACGACGCGGACUACCGCGAGCUGGUCCGGGCCGCCUCGGCCCGGACCAUCGGGGUCAACAAUCUCGACGCCUACAUCAAGCAGGAGCGGAAGGCGAAGCCCGGGCCGCCCCGGGCCUUGCCGCCGCGAAGCGCCAGCGUGGCAAUGGGGAGGAUUGAUGAGGAGAGGCCAAGUGGAUUCUUUGGUGAAGAUAUUAAAAUUGGUAAUUUUAAUAAAUUUGAUAAUAGUGAUAGAAUUGUUGAUAGGAAAAGUGGAUUGAAAUAUCCAAGAAGCAAAAGCGAUGCCGUGGUGGUCAGAACGACGUUGUUUUGAUGUUUUUAUUUACUUUCAUUGUGUGAAACCUUCUUUUUCAUUUUUGGAAAUUAGAUUGGAAAUUUUUAGUUUAUGUUAGAUUUAUGUUUAUCAAUAGGAGUUUGAGACAUGCUCCAAAUUGAAUUGUUGUUAAUAAUGAUAGGUGUUGGGAUUGUUCGGUUGUUUGAGAUUAAUUUAUCUCGAGAUUAUUCGAGAUUGCAUUUGGCUGAGAUAUUUCUUCAUCCA